AUGCAUCUGAGAGGCCCGUCCAACAUCUUGAAGAUGCGGAAACCUAAGAUCACCAGUAGGAUGGAUAAUCCUCCCUCCAUGAUAGAGACUAGCGCAAGAAAAAAGCCCGAGGAGCCAUGUGCGCAAGGCCGACAGAGCCAAGCUCAGCGAGCAUCCGUGUUGGCCGAGCCCAUGAGAGCCAUCAUUGGGAGAAGUCUCCACCCCGCGGCUGUCGCAGGUUCAGGCGCGAGGAACCAUGGAGAUGCCCCUAUUCAAUAUUGGUACUGUGUAAGGCACUGUGUAACGGAAGGGGCCGAUGGUGGCUGUGGCGAUCCAAUCUGGGGGCAGAGAACCAACAUCUCGGCUUCCCGUUCCUGCGUAGUUUAUUCUCCGGGCGCCUCGAUUGCUCAUAGGAAGCUGACAUUGGCAGACGGCGGAUCCGGCCAAGCGCUGUGGCGGUGGGUGGGGUCUGACGCUGCUGGACAUGAGCGAGCACGCCGGCCGAAUUUGUCCUUAGCGAGACAGGCUAGUCUGGCAGACUUUCCCUUGGCGUCGGAUCAGAAGCUAUCCAGAUGUUACCCCCCUUUCAGCUUCUCAUCACACUGCUGGUAUCCUCUCCAUCUCUAA